AUGUUACACAGCAAUCUUGUAGUUGUUGGCAUGAGCUUUAAAAGACGUCGGAAUUUAGCCUUUGGUUUUUCACUUUCUGGUAUAGGUGGAGGACUUUUUGUCUUGGCACCAUUGAUGCAGUUAACAUUGGAUUUCUACGGCCCAGUGGGAUUUUUUAUAACUUUGGCAACAUCUGCUGAUGUAGUCACAUUUGGAGUUAUGUAUUUUCCCAGUAAACUUGAGCUGUAUACCCAAAACAUGCAGAAAUUGGAAGCGAAAUUUAACAAUUCAAGGGAUGCAUCCAGUAAUUCUUUAAAAGUUUAUUGUAAGGCUCUGUUUAUCAAACCAAUUGUGUGGCUUUGCAUUAGUAUGUUUGCUUAUGGCACCGGAUUAUAUACUAUAUAUUUAUACCUUCCAACAUAUAUUGAAGAGACGGGCUUUACAGGUAUGCAAGCCUCGUUCUUUCUUUCAUUAAAUGGAAUUAUAUCCGUGGUUGCUCGAUUGAUGACCGGAGCGAUUGCAACCAUCAAAUAUGUUGAUGAAAUAUGGUUAUAUCCCGGUUACAUGUUUGUUGUCGCUUUGGUGACAUUCAUAUAUCCUUUCAUAUCAAACAGUUUUGUAGGACAAAUAGUGUUUGCUUCUUUAAUCGGUUUGUCCUCUGGCAGCUGUUAUAUUAUGAUGACACCAGUUAGUAUACGGUUUGUGGGUAUAAAGUUUGUAUCGGCUUCGUUUGGAAUUCAGCUGUUUUUCUGCGAUAUAGGAUCGAUUGUUGGACCAGUGUGCGCCGGUACUAGUUGUUUACGCAGAAAUAGCAAAUUUACACUUUUUCAAAUUUCACGAUCAGGAAUUCUAGUCGACAACGGCGGGACAUACAAGCAGUGUUUCAUCAUCGCAGCAGCAAGCAUACUUGUGGCAGCAAUUUCUAGCGCUUCAACUAUUGCCUGCAUCUCCAAGCCUAUAGAAAGUGAAUACACUGACAAACAUGUGAACACUGAAGCUGGCGAAUUACUCAAUGUAAAUGAAAGAGAAACAAAUUUUUAA